ACGGGCACACUGAGAGGAAGACGCGGCGCCGUUUGUUGGGAAUCUCACCGCGCGACAGUGCACGGCACGGCAGGCUUUGGGGAAGUCGAAUCCGCGCUUCCCACCUGUAUAUCACCGGACGCACGCGUGGCGGAGAAGCGGAAGAUUAUGGCGACGUUGGGACCGGAGUCGGCUCGCCCUCCCCUCGCCCAGCUCGGAUCUCCCCCGUCUAACCAGCCUCACGUCGGCUGCGCGAACCUGCCUCCCAACCGGGGCUUGGAGCGCGCGCUGGAGGAGGCGGCGGCCAGCGGUGUGCUGAACCUCAGCUGCCGCAAGCUGAAGGAGUUUCCCCGGACCGCGGCCAACCACGACCUGAGCGAUACGGUGGAGGCAGACCUCUCAAAGAACCGGCUGAGCGACAUCCCCUCAGAGGUCUGCCACCUGGUCGCCUUGGAGACACUAAACUUGUACCAUAACUGCAUCAGGACCAUCCCAGACAGCAUCAUCACCCUGCAGUCGCUCACAUCGUUGAACCUCAGUCGGAACCAGCUGGGCUCUCUGCCGUCGUGCCUCUGCGGUUUGCCUCUGAGGGUCCUCAACGCCAGCAACAACAAACUGGUGAGCCUGCCGGAGACCAUCGGGCAGCUGCACAGCCUCAUGGAGCUGGACAUCAGCUGUAACGAGAUCACGGCCCUCCCCCGGCACAUCGGCCGACUCAAAGCGCUGCGGGAACUUAACGUGCGGCGAAAUCUCCUCUGCGUCCUGCCGGAAGACCUGGCCGACCUCCCGCUGGUGAAGUUCGACUUCUCGUGUAACAAAGUGUCCACCAUCCCGGUGUGCUACAGGAAGAUGAGGCAGCUGCAGUCGCUGCAGUUAGAGAACAACCCGCUACAGAGUCCACCUGCACAGAUCUGCAUCAAGGGUAAAGUCCACAUAUUCAAGUAUCUGAGCAUCGAGGCGUGUCGCAGCGAGAAGAUGCCCGACUCGCUGUACCUCCCCGUCAUGGAGCGACUCAGUUUCACUCGCCCCUCCACUGGCAGUGUGGAGGACAUGGAGCAACAGAAGAAGCAGGACAGCGACUCAGGAGUAGGCAGCGACAACGGAGACAAGAGGCUGUCUGCCACCGAGCCUUCAGACGAAGACAGUUUGAGUCUCAACGUGCCGAUGAGCAACAUUACAGAAGAGGAGGGACUCAGCAAAGACGACUCCAGCGAACACAUCAGCUCCCUGACAGCCGACCCAAACUCCGACUCGGUGCGCCUGAUAGAAGAGAGUCCUACGGAAGCCCUGAAUGACCCGCUGAGCUACAGAGACUCGUCUCUCAGCAGUCGCUUCAUCAGCUACAUCAAGGGCCGAACGGCAGCGGACUUCGAAGAGCCCCUCAGGAUAGAGGAAGACUCACACUGGCAGAUAGAGCAGACGUCAAAGGUCUCGAGGGGCACAGAGCUCCAUAUUGACAUGAUUAACCAGCUACAGGAGGCGGUGGAGCUGCUGCAGAACCCCAGCAGAGGGAGCGCAGAGCAGGAUGAUCUGUCUGAAGUCCAGCUGUACCCGGUGGAGAUGGUCACCGUGGAGGAGUCGUUCAACGGACAAGACAGCGAUGAGGGAAGCACAACAUCAAAGCGCAUGGAGGAGGGAGGCUAUGAGUUCCAGAAGAAGAGGCGGAUGAUUCUAGAAAAGGCCCGCUUUGAGGCCCAGCUUGCGUGCCGGGACUAUGAGUGGCAUAUGUCCCUGAAGCAAGAACACCGAUCUCCAACCAUGGGACCUCCAUCUCUCUCCAGUCCACCGUUUGGGCUGAAACCUCGCUCAGCCCCGCCCUCACUGCCGUGCUCACCCCCUCCUUCCUGUCUAGACCCCUCCCUCCUCUCACAGGCCUCACCCCUACAUCGUAGACAUGGCGACGGAGGCAUGCUCAGCCCGGUGUUCCUGCGGAGCCACAAGAGCAUGGAGUCCGUGGACCCCCAGUUCACCAUGAGGAGGAAGAUGGAGCAGCUGAGGGAGGAGCUGGAGCUCAUGGAGCAGCUGAGAGACAUCAUCGAGAGCCGACUGAAGGUGGUCCUCCCUGAAGACCUGGGCUCGUCUCUGAUGGACGGCGUCGUCCUCUGCCAUCUGGCCAAUCACAUUUGCCCGCGCUCCGUCGCCAGCAUCCAUGUCCCCUCCCCCGCCGUGCCCAAGCUCAGCAUGGCGAAGUGCCGGCGGAACGUGGAGAACUUCCUGGACGCCUGCAGGAAAAUAGGCGUGCCGCAGGACAAGCUGUGUCUGCCUCACCACAUCCUGGAGGAGAAAGGCCUGGUGAAGGUGUGCGUCACGGUGCAGGCCCUGGUGGACGAGGCCUCCUCCAAACCCCCCAUGCUAGUGUGAGCAGCGGAGCAACGGGACCGACGCCGCUCCGCACGACGUGACGCCGCGGUUCACCUCUGCAUCGCUCGCAGUAUCGCAGCACUUUGAAUUCCCCCUCGUCGGCGUGCAGAAAGGGAACCAAUUCCGUCUGGAGUGGGUUUAUUAUUUACUAACUCAGAAAGAGGAACGCUGAAUCGAGCGUCUUGGCUCACUGCAGGUGUUUUUUUUUUGUUUUUUUUAAACCCUAAAAAUCAGGAGUUUGGGAUCCCUUUUUUUUUUUUCUUUACUGUGAUCAGCUAAAAGGGCAGACGUAGAGCCCCACAUUUUUUAGGUUUUAAACUAGAUUAAGAAAAUCUUCACACUGGCUGGUCCCCACUAUUUUUGUAAAAUAUUGUGACAGUUAUGAAAAGGAGAAAAGAAUUUCACAAAAAACAAACAGAAAUCGAGAGGAUGCAGUGGAGCCACGCAGUGUUUGUGGAUUUUUCUGUGGAACGUAAAUUCCAAGUUAUUCGUGGAAAAUUCGCCUCGUAGCGUUUUUGUUGCAGAACAUAUCUAAAAUGUUAGAUAUUAUCAAAUAUUGAAAAGAAAAUGCAGCUUGAGAAGCUGAAAUAUCUUAGUGCAAUGCUACUUGACACAAUAUUGGCUGGUGUUUGCACAGCAGUGUUUUUAUGAGAGUACAAAUUUUAAACCAAUUUUUACACCCAAAUUUGUAAAACUACCACUUCAUGUUUUUCUGUCCCAUAACAUGCAAGAAAAGACAUUUUUCCAAGGCUAUGUUCUAUACUUCAGCAUAGAGAUGUUUAUUAGCCAGAAGGAUGUUGGCCAGUAGCCAAUCCAGGACAACCAUCAUGGAUGACGUAACAGUUGUGAGUCACAUUUAGAGAAUAUUUGUUUGGACCCUCCCAAAAUUAAUAACUAAAUAUUACUUCUCCCAGUGCUGUUUCUGUUGACCUUUUGCAAGUACGUCACCUAAUCAUGCAAAGCUGCCAUGACGGACGUCAGAAGGGAGGAACAGGAGUAUCAAAAGGAGUGAUUGUGAUUGUUUUCCCAGGUUUUUGUUUCUAUAUUUCUAUGGCUCCUACUGGUUCCACAGAGCUAGUUUAUCUGUGGAAGUACACUUGGGGCUCAUAGGCAGCAGUAUUUACAAAAGUUUGAAAUAGGGAGCUUAGAAACCGACCCAUAUCUUUGCCUUUCUGAUGUAUUUGUUGAUUUGAUCAAAUCACAGACUUUGCUUGAAUUGACAUACCACUUUAUAAACAAUGGUUUGUUUUACACCAUAAAACAACUUAAAGUGUACAAAAGACAAAAUUUUUUAGACUUCAGACUAAAGUUCUAGAUGUUAGCAUGUAUCUUUUUCCAUAUCCUUUUUUGUAUAUGGUAGGCUAUAUGAUGGUGGGGCAUUUCUCCAUGGUUACCAUGGUUAGCCAAGUACCUUCUCCAUAAUACAGUAUUAGCUGCAUUUCCAUUACAAAUCUGUGCAAAACUUUUAUUAAAAGUUUAUAAUGAGAACUUUUAGCACAAGUGGGAAGUGAGACUGUUGGAGGCGGAGUCUUGCUGCUGCGCCGUCACAAACCAGACAUGUUAAAAAGACGGUAUAAGCCUAUGGACCCCGAUGGUUUAAUGUACCGAUACUCACGGAUGAAAAAUCGAUAAAUAUCUUAGAAUCGAUUUCAUUAUACAGCCCUACUUCCCAGUGCAAAACGUUUUAAUCGAAAAUCGAAAUUGCCCUGUUUCUAUUGGGCACAUUUAUUUUCAAAAUGUCAAUGGAAAUGCAGCUACAGAUUACAUUUUACUAAUCUCACUUCCUUAAGAGGUGUAUUAACAUUAAUUUUCUUACCUUCCAAAAAAAUUUUCGCUCCACAUCGGUGAGUACAUCAAGGGCUGCUAGUCCUUACGAUUAGCCGCUACUAUCCAUCGCUGUCGUCUUUCCUCCUCAAAAGGUUUCCAGACAAAAAGUUUGUUGUGGAUUCAGGUCUGUUUUCAGACCAUUGUGACCCUUUUUACUGUGAAAUUAACUAAAUAAAAGCAGGAUUAGGCUGCGAUUGUCUGAUUUUUGAUCAGCUUUGCAGGAGCUAACGUGCACAUAUGUUGAUUUGACUCCCGUCAUGGCGGAGUGGGCUGCUUUCUGAAUAGCAUGGCGACACGUGCAAAGGGUCGAUUGCUUCAUGAAAGAAUCCAUUCCACUAGAUUAAUAGGAACAAUUAUCAUACCUCUAAAGCUCCACUCCAGGUUUUCCCAGUUACCUACGACAAUUCACCACCACAUGCUCCUAGCAUAAACAAAAAAGUGAAGGCUGGAUGUUAGCUUCUGCGGAAAAGCUAAUACGGUUUUCACUGUUCGUGUUAAUGUAGAUUGUAGACGAAGGUAUAUUGAAUAUUUGAACUAUUAAAACAGCCAGUGUUAAUAGUUUUUGUAAUUUUUUCACAUAGUUCAACUAUUCAUGGAUAGCUGUGGUUUCUAACCCCCAUGAAUACCAGGGUCCACUGUACUGUUACCAACUAUGCUAUUUUAUGAGAAAAGCCAUAAAGAAAUGCCAAAUUUUUUAUUUUUUUUAUUUUUUAUUUUUGAUGAUAAAUCCAGAAAUUGGUAUUGUUCUUAAUGAGAUAUUUUUUACCAAAUGCUUUUGGAUGAAAUAGCAAAUUUAUUUAUUAUUUUUUUCUUUCU